AUGCAAUCUUCUGCCACGCCUCGUAUAAAUGAGGUUAAGAAGAAUGUAGACAUCCUACAGAGCUUGAAUCAGCUUCUUCAUCAACAUUGUAAGGAAUCCGGAAGAAUUGUUCACGAUCUCCUCACAUGUGUAAGCAGAGGCCUGGAGGAUGUAAAAAAAGAAAUGACCGAGUUGGAGAAGCUUGUAGUGAAGGACAAGUGGGUUGCCAUUUUGUGUAAAGAAUUUUAUUUUAGCGCAGAGAAUUUCAACAGAAGUCCAGUAAAUAAUGCUGAGCGUCCCUCUUCCACCAAUUCGUCAAGCCCCGUCCGAUCCCUAACUCCUAUCCGUAAGUGAUGUAACAAAAUGUAAUGCUUUGUUUUUUAGAGCGUCCAAAAAGGGCCAUUUCCACUCAAUCGGACGGUUCCACAUCUGCAGAGAAAAAACGCCGAUCGGCCAGGACGUCGAGUAUGUUGUGUUUUAACAUUUUUGCAUUAAUAUACUUGGCUUGGGCAGUACAAUUCACAUCUUUGUUUUAGAUACAUUCCCGGAACCAGUCGAAGUUGAGUCCCAAGAUACUGGGAAUAAUGAAGAUGCAACCCAGGACAACGAUGCGGAAUACACAGAAACCCAAAGGUCUUCCACUUAUCAAUCAGAGAGCACUGUCCAGUCAGAAAGCACUGUGCAAGAGUCUGAAGAUGAGCCCGAACCAUUGAGCAAGAGGACGCGAAGUGGUGGAGCUCGACCUUCUACAAAAAGAAGACGAUCAAGUUCGGUAGGAUAAAUUAUUAUAUACAUGUAAAUUGUCUUUACAGCACUCGAGCUCAUCUUCAUAUCUCUUCGAAACACUCCCGCCUCCGCGAAGAUCUCGUGUGCUGGAUACUCAGGAGGAUAAUGCCCUCUGCAAAUUCUGUGGGCGCGCGGUCAUCAAGAGUAGCGAAGCUUCAUGUGGGAAAUGUGCCCGAUUUGUUUAA